ACUAGCGUAUUUUUUGUCGUACGAAAAAUUUAGUUUGAAGCCCAAAAUGAGUGCAAAGGCUUUGGUGAAAGAUAUACGCGAAUCUAUAAAAUCCGGAAGCUAUGAGGAUGCUAUAAAAAAGUGUCAAAGCCUGCUAAACGUUGACAAGAAAAUGGGAUACUUGUUGCUUGGCGCCGCAUAUCAGAACGUUGACAAAAUUGAAGCAACGAAGCACCUGCGGAAGUCAAUCGAGCAUACAGAUGGUUCUCCCAUUGUUGCUUUGCAAGGACUUGCAACUUGUGCGCCCUCCACUGAGUUGCCAGAGAUUUUAGAUCAGUUGCUGGAUUUAGUUCCGGAGAAGUCCGAAGACUAUUAUGACAGGCUUUUUGCACUCGCCGCAGAUGUUUCGGCGGCUCCAUUAUGUUUUGGUGUCUUAAAGAAGCGAGCACAAAAUGUAUCUGAUCCCAAUCACACACUCGCGCUGCAGUAUCUGGGCAAAAUUUGGGUUUCCAAUGACUUUGAAGCAACCACUACAGAGGGCGAGCUCUAUAAAGCUGCUAUGGAGAAAUUACUGGCAGUUUCAGAUGGAGAUCACCAAAUCUUGAUAUAUAAGCGUUAUCUUAAGUGGCUGUACAAGGAGCAAGAUUACGUCAGUUGCAUACGUAAUGCCUGCAACAUGACCAUUUCUCACCCUAAACAUGUAUAUGCGUAUGAGUGGAUAUGUAAGAUAUACUGCGAAACCCAUUGGCAGUUAGACAAUGAAGCUUGGCAGCUGGAACUGAAGCAGCCCAUACAGUCUUAUGCGGAAAUACUUAUAAAUCUUAACGAGAAUUCCAAUCUUGGUUUACUUACAAAAGCGUUUCAUAUGUACGGUCAAGACCAAUUUCUUGGAGCACGACAACUAGCACUGCAGGCACAGAAAUCUCAUCCAACAUACAAAGUAACAUUGGAGCUGCUGGCACGGAUACAUAUGCAGUUGGGUGCCUAUAAGAUGGCUCUACUGUUGUGGCAAGAAUUGGGACAAGUACAUGAGGAGUAUGCCGAGUGUUUGUCCUAUGAAACAGAUGCAACAAAGCUCAAGGAAGCAGUCAACCUGCUGGAGAACUCGGAAAGAACAGUAAAAAAUGUGAAGUGCCUAGCACGUUGCUAUGCCAAACUGAGUCAAAUGCAACUUUUGCAAACAUUGUCAUUAGACGAACUUUCAAAGGUCGAAUAUUUUCUCUCACCCACCGAAGCCCUUCAAAAACUUGCUGCUGGGGAAUCGUUUGAGGAAUUACUCCUUUGCGGAGAGCUUCACUUUAAGUUGGGCCAAUAUGCCGACGCUUUGAAGUGUAUGCUUAAAGCUACCCGGCUCAGGCCGCACUUUUCCAAAUGCUUUGAUUAUCUGGGCCGCUUAUACCAAUCCAAUGGUGAUCUAAAUCGGGCUCGUAAAUGUUUUGAAAAAUGCAUUAAUCUGAACCCGCUGGCCGAGCAGGCUGUUGAUGCGUUGAGCUCCAUAUACCAAGAGUUGGGCGAAGAGGAUCUGAAUGAGACAUUGCUACAAAACACCCUACGAUAUUUAAAAAGUGACGAUGCUGUGCGUUUGCAGUACAAACUAGGACUGCAUUUUCUUCAAGUUAAAAAAUGGGAUGACGCAAUACAAUGUUUUCGCAUCGCUAUCAAGCACGACUUCAAAUGCAUGGUCUACUGGGAAUCGUUGGGUGAUGCCUAUGCCUCUCGUGGUUCAUAUAACUCUGCCAUUCGUGUGUUUGAGAAGAUCCUAAUGCUCUCCCCUACCAACUGCUACGCGCAAUUGCAAGUUGGCAUCGUUAAAACGACCAUUCGGAUGUAUCCAGAGGCGAUAGCAGAUUUUAAUACCCUUCUUCAGCGAAAUCCAAAUUACUUACCUGGCUUAAAGGGCAUUGCGGAAGCGCAUAUUGGGCUAGCACAAAAUCUUAAGGGCCAGAAUCUGUAUGGACGAGCUAAGCUAAAUUACCAACUGGCCGUAAACCAUCUGCAAAGUGCCUUUUUACAACCGAAAGCACAUCAAAUGGUCUGGCUGUGGCGUUUGAUGGCCAAUGCAUUUGUGCAAACAGCACAACUCCCCCUAUCACUGGCUAAUUUGGAUGUCGACGGCAGUUUGGCAAAGAGGAAUGAAGCCAUAACUUUCCUGUCACGAGAAGAGCUCUUAGUAUUGGCCCAAAGAUUUUAUCUGUGUUGUUUAAAAUUGAAGCAAAACACGUUUUUAUGGUACGAAUUGGCCAUGUGCAGUUAUCUGAGUGCUGUCUACAUACCGGAGAAAGCAGCAGUAUACUUGGAAACGGCUGCCAAGGUGUGUAAGAUGGCCAUAAAGGCGUGCACGAAUCGGUGGCAGAAUUGGAACCUCUUGGGCGUCAUAAAUAUGCACAGCGCUAAUGAAAAUUUAGCACUAGCGCAACACUGUUUUAUAAAAGCUGUCACCGUUGAACGUAAAUCUUUCACAUCGUGGACAAAUUUGGGGGUUCUGUAUUUGAAACUGCGCGAUAUUCGGUUAGCCAAUGAGGCGUUUAAUCGGGCACAACAGGCCAGUCCGAUUUACCCAAAUGCGUGGAUUGGACAGGCAAUGGUUGCCGAGACGAUUGGCGAGCAUGAGGAGGCUUUUGAUCUGUUUCGGCAUUGUCAGCAGUUUGAAUAUCAUCCAGAAGCGGCUCUCGGAUAUGCACACUGGGUAUGUGAAGUGCUCUCAGAUCCAGUGCUUCGUAAUAAGCCACACAAUAAACAUGCGAUCCGACAUAUGUAUGCAGACAUCUGUGCAUUGGAUGCUAUUAAUUGGUAUAUUCAAAAUGAGGAAGGGGAUGCGAAUGUUGCAUCAUUAACUCUUCAGGGAUUCCUAUAUGCCCGCCAAAAAAUGUAUCAAAAAGCUAUCACUGCAUUUGCUCGAGCCUGCAAGUUGGCAGAGCCUGGUGCUGAUCGGGACAAACUAUACACAAAUCUAGGUUAUUUGUAUUUGAAGUUAGGUCAGCCAGAACAGGCGGUUAUGGCGCUUAAUACUGUGGCCAAUGCAACAUUCAAACCCAUAAUUGGACUAGCACUGGCGUAUUAUCGCUCCGGUCAGUUGCAAGAAUCGUAUUCUAUUUACAACUCUGUCCUGAACAGUGUCGCUGGGCAAGAUGAUGAAAAGGCUUCAACUAUACUAGUUGCCAUGGCUUCCAUGGUUUAUGCUUUUCAAGGUCAGGCUGAUACAAAGACUUUGCUUUAUCAAUGCAUAUUACUCAAGGGAGUGGCAAUUCAGGCAUUGUUUUCCGCUUGUGCUUUGGGUGUCCUGCACUGUGACUAUGAACUCAUUGAAACCAUUAUGUCUGAAUUUGUUGCUUAUGAAUACAAUGAAGUAUACUGCGCAGACGUGUCAUAUCUAACAGCGCACUACCGCCUCGUGAGAGAAGGUCUAUGUGAAGCGGUUAACUACUUACAAAAGCGUGUGCGAAUGUUUCCUCAAAGCGCCGCAUUACGCAAAGUAUUUGCCAAAUUUCUUCUUGAUUACUGUUUCGAAAACAGAAAAUACCACCUAGCAACAUCUAAUAUGGCAUUAACAGCUUUAAAAUUGGGACACCUCUGUUUAAAAAAAGGUGUUACUGCUAAGGAGGAAGCGGAGAUUAAUCUGUAUGCAUGUCGAGCUCUAUUAUCCAUUAACAGGAACCAGUCUUUAGAGCUUAUUCAACGUACUAUUCGUCUGGAUCCCAGAAAUAAACUAGCCAGAGAAAUCCUAUCCAGCAUAUGUUAAAUCGCCUGUUCAUUUACCAUUUUAAAUUAAAAGUGAAUUAGGCGUGAAACAAGUGAUUCAAUAUUUGUAAUAAAAUGUAAUUUCCAUUUUCCUUGCCAAAUGGAUGUUAAAUUGAAAU